AUGCACGACUUUCGUGGGGCUGGCGAUAUGCCGUUUCCCCGGACGUCCGGCCCAGCUCCGAGCCACGACCGCCCCCGAUUCUCUUCCGAUGCGAAGCCCGGCGCCUUUGCAUCGCCCCCUCCUUUUGACUUGCACCGCGCAGGGUCGUGGUCGAAUCCUAGCACGGGUGCCACCACACCACGCACGCGUGCCCCUGGCAGCGCUUCGCCCGCGGCGCUCGGCCGCAACCCCGGCGUAGGCGGGCGCCCUCCGCCGAAGCGCACCAUGACCGACGAUCCCGCCGAGUUCCUGCUGCGCUCCAUCCAUUCCGACUGGAAAGAAGACCCCUCGCUUGCGUGGCCUGCGCAUGGCGCGCCCGGUAUGCGCCCGGCGCCACUGGGCGGCGACCCGCUGAGCGGCGCCGCACUCCCGCCUCGCGUCAAUGCUCUCAACCGCUCGCAGACGAUUGACGCGGUGAAUACCGACUCGCCCCUUGCCGGCACACGCACGCCUCGCGCGUUUACACCGACGUCCAACAUCGGCCUGCCGCCGUCAGCCGUCAACUCGCCGAGGGUCGGUGCGGCGGACGAAUGGGCUCCGCGCGGUCCGAUCUCGCCCAACGACUGGCCGGCAAGCGACCUGAGCGGCAGCGGGACAUGGAUCCCGCCCCGCCGCGCAGCGACGCAACUUGCGCGCGCGCCGGGCCGCCCGGAUCCGUUGACGAGUGCGCUCGGCGCCGGGCCUCUUUCUACGUCGCCGGACGACGAUGUGACCUCGCUGCACCAGCAACAGAACGCCGAGGCCUCGGUCGCAAUGGCGCUUGGCGACGACCUUCCGGGCUCGCGCACGCUGAGCAUGUCGCCGACGUCGAUCUCGCGUAUCGGUGCGCCGGGCGAACUACCCAGCUCUCCGUCGCCGACUGAGCGCGAGCUCGCACGCCAGAUGCGCUCGCUAACGCUCCCGGGCGACAUUGGGGCCGAGGCGGGCGACCUGUCCGGCCCGCUCCUGCGCGAAGCGCCGACGAUUGCGUCGCCGACCGCCUUUUCGCCUCCGCAGCCGCUGCGCGGCGGGCGCCCCGAGCCGUUCUAUCCGCGCAAGCCGCAGCCUCCCCGGCACCACACGCUGAAUCUUUUGGACCAAAACGUGCACAAGGCCGCGUCACACGCGUUCCCUGUGCUGCCCAGCGGUCCGUUUGGGCCGCAGGACGCGCGUGCGCCGCAAGUGGCGUCGCCCACGAGCGAGUACGGGACGAACCCCCUUUUUUCGCCGCCGUACUCGCCUGAAGGCAAGACGGCGUUCGGAAGAGACGAGGUGGCAUUUGGCAUGUUUGCGCCGCCCCAGGGCAUCGACCAAGGCAUCUACUUUGGCAGCCAGCCUGUCGCCUCGCCCCGCCAAGGGAAGUUGGGCGGCGAGUCGGUGCGGCCCGCGUGGUUCGGCGCGCCUGGCACGCUGCGUCUCGGCGACCUGACGCAGCCGCCGGACGAGUCGUACGCGCCCGAGCUGAACGGUGCGCCAUUUGUCCCUGCGCCGUACCCCUACGCGGCGCCGUACCCUCCCCGUCCCGACGUACGCAUGGGCCGCGGUCCGUUUGCGGAGCCGCCGCCCGGCGCUGCGCUCUCCUCGCCGGUGCACGACACGUUCCCCCGUCGGCACGCGUCUGGCCGCCGCGGCGCGAACGAUGCACCCCGCCACCGCAACCGCCACCAUCAUGACGAGCGCACGCAUGAAGCUACGCACGAGUUUGGGAACCGCUUUGAGCUGCGCGAUGUACUCGGGCGCAUGGUCGAAAUCUCUACUGACCAGCACGGCAGCCGCCUGAUCCAAGAAAAGCUCGACCACUGCUCGCAAGAGGAGCGCGACAUGGUCUUUGCGGAGCUGUACCCCGAGGCGCGCCGCCUAAUGACCGACGUUUUUGGCAACUAUGUCAUCCAAAAGAUGCUCGAGUACGGCAGCCCCGAGCAGGUCCACGCGCUGGGCCAGCAGCUGCAAGGCCACGUCCUCUCGCUGUCCCUCGGCACGUACGGCUGCCGCGUUGUGCAGAAAGCGUUUGAGCAUGUGAGCAGCGAGCAAAAAGUGGUGCUGAGCCGCGAGCUGGAGCCGUACGUGCUCGACUGCGUCCGCGAUCAAAAUGCGAACCACGUUAUCCAAAAGAUCCUCGAGCGCGUUCCCAGCGCGCACCUCGACUCGAUCUCGUCGGCGUUUGCGGGCCAUGUGCCUGCGCUCGCGUCGCACUGCUACUCGUGCCGCGUGCUGCAGCGCAUCUUUGCGUACUGCAGCGAGGCCCAGCGCCGCCCGUUGCUGGAAGAAAUGCACCAGGACACGCUGCGUCUGAUGCAGGACCAGUACGGCAACUAUGUCAUCCAGUGGGUCCUGCAGAAGGGCGAGCAGCGCGACCGCAUCGAGAUCGUGCGCAAGACCAAGACGCACCUCCUGCAGCUCGCGCGCCACAAGUUUGCGUCGAACGUGGUGGAGCAUGUGAUCGAGGUGGCGCCGCCCGCGGACCUCGCGGACCUCCUCGACGAGCUCUUUGAGCCGAUCGACGCCGUGGACGCAAGCACCGCUCCACCUCUCCCCGAGGGCGCAAAACACUGCGUCGCGACGCUCAUGAUGCAGGACCAAUACGCAAACUACGUUCUGCAGCGCUUCCUGCAGGUCGUCCAAGGCGACGGCCGCCAGCGCCUCAUUGCGACGAUCAAGCCGGCGCUCCAGGCGCUGCGCCAAAUGGCCACGCCUGUCUCGGGACCAAGUGCUCCCGCUUCCUUUUCUGGCGCGAUCCGCCUGCCGGGCGGCGGGCAUGUUGGGUCGAAGCCACUUCUCACGAUCGAGCGCCUGAUUGAUCAGGUCUCCCAUACGCCGGACCGCGCACCCAUUACACAACACCGCGCGAACGCCUCAACACCAAAUACCAAUGCCUAA